AUGGUAAAGUUAAAUAUAGAUGGUAGUGCCCUUGAUAAUCCAGGCAAAAUUGGAGUUGGCGCUAUUCUCAGAAACUAUCAGGGUGACAUCAAUUUUGCUUAUGCAUCACCUAUGGGAGAAUGGACUUACAAUCUUGCUGAAGUUCAGGCAGCAUAUUUUGGUCUCUCGUGGUUUUUACAUCUUGGUUAUAAGAGGGGUAGUCUUGGUCGUGAUAGUGUUCACUUGGUUAAUUUUGAGGAUGGUGGUUUUGUUGUGCAAAAUGGUUCUAGAUCAUCUCUUGUAUCGGAUGUGAAGGAAAAGCAAGAUAAAGACCUGACUUUGGUUGAGUUAAAGAAAGUGGUUGCUAAAAAAGUCAUUGAGGCUUUCUUCCAAGGAGGGGAUGGUGUGCUUAGAUAUCAAGGUUGUUUGUGUAUUCCUAACAUUGAUGGGUUGAGGUAA